CCCGUAGUGUGACACAGGAAAAACAAGCGGGGUCAAUUGCAAUGAACUCACAGUGGCUUACAAACUGGACAGAGGUUAUGCUGUAGUAUGGAGGACAGGGCUAAUAGUAGUGCCAAUUGCACCGAACUAAAUCUCCAGAUGUUCUGCAGCUGAAAACCUUUUUUGGCUAGGCAUAUGGGAGAGAGCUAAUGAUGGAGUCCAGUGGGGAAGGAAACGCACAAGGAGUAUUUGGUUGCGAGCUCUGUGGGUUGUCCACACCUUUCAGCUAUUACGGACAGAAGCCUCCAAACACCAGCUCUAUUGUCUUUCUGGAGGAGUGCUACGUGAUGAAGGAUCCCUUCAGCCCCGAGAAGGAGAAGUUCCUGGUCAUCGGUUCGCACUGCAGUUUGUGCAGAAAGCGGGUUUGUGUUGGGACGGAAUGUGGCCUGUUCUACACAAAGCGUUUUUGUAUGCAGUGCAUCAAAGUGCAUUUGGAAGAAUUUCCCCAGGAAGUGCAGCAAGAAUUGAUAAAGAGAAAAUCUGUUCAGAAGAGCGACCAAUGAACAACAAAAAAAAAAAAAGUGGAAAAAACAAUUUUUGUAUUUGAGUAAUGACCAAGUAUUGCUUACUAUAGUUUUACAUUUAGUAUUUUACAUAAAUGUAUUCAAGUAUUUUCCAAACUGCACUGAAAUAAAUAUUUCCUUAAAGCAUGCAAUACAUUUGUUAAGGGAUUUUGUGUUUCUUGAAGAAUUUAGUGAACCAGUCAAGCUACAAGGCUAGAUCCGCAAGUGUCCUGUACUAUUUAAAAAAUAUUCUUAGUUGUGAAAAAGCCCAUAAUAUAACCUGAAGUGGCGGAAACUCCUCAUAAGAUUUCAGAAAUUGUCGUUUUCUUAUAUUUUGUGUUACCCUUUAAGUCCAUGUUGAAAAUAGUAGCUCUGUAGCUUGUUUCUUGUAAUAUAUAAUUUUUUCAGUAAAACAAA